GGCCCCUGCCAGUGUCCUGUUUUACCUCUGGCAGUGUCCCGUGUGACCUCUGGCAGUGUUCCGUGUGGCCUCUGACAGUGUCCUUUACUGUGUGACAGCCAGCCAAAACAGAAAGGCAGCCUUUGUUUGUAAACAGCAAACUCCAUGGCAUAGAUUGUCUCUGUAAAAUGCCAGAUAGGCAGCAUAUUUCUUCUCUGAGCAACUGUGACACGUAGGAUGAUGUCCACUGAUAUCACUAACUCAAUAUCGGCUGGUGUGCAGAAGUUGAAAUUGUCAUGAAAUAAGUUACAUUUGAAAAAAAAAAAAGGACACUGCUUACAGCUUUACAUCAUGUUUUAUUUUGGCAAAUAACAUAAACACCUUUACUGCGCGAGCUCCGUAGUAUCGCUGGUAAGCAUUUUACCCACUAGGAUGCCAAGACAGUCUCUUUCACUGCUGGGAUAACAAGUAAGGCUUGUCUCGUCAACUCAAUUUAAUAAUGUUCUCACCUGCACAGAUCACGUGUGUGAAAAUAUUUGAAUUGAAUAUGUAUCAUAAGAACGAGAAAUAAAUUCCGCACUAAAAGUAUAUCUGAUCCAGUGUCAUACUGUUAUCUGUACACCCCCUCCAUCACAGCCCCUGCCCGGUCAGUCCACACCAUGAGAUGACCACAAAGAGGAACAUCACCAGACUGGUGAGGUACAUAGAGGAGGACAGGGUACACAGGCUGAAGUCUUAUGUGAAGAAACACAGUAACAUAGAUGUCAGCACAAUACGGCUGGACCAUGACAGGACUUUGCUCCACCUGGCUUGCCUGGGGGGCCACGAUGCUUGUAUUAGGUUUUUAUUGAAGAAAGGGGUGGAUCCCUUGCUAUGUGAUGCAGAUGGAAACCUGGGGAUUCACCUUGCUGCUAUUUAUGCCACAAAAACAGGGAAUUCAUAUGUGUAUACAGACCUUGUACUUCCUCUGAUCAAGGCAUGUUCACAUUCACUAGAUGUGGCCAACAACAGAGGCGUCACAGCCAGAGAGCUGUUAGUUGAUGUGAAAACACGGCUAAGACACCAUGUAACCCAGACUGUUCCUGAAGCUCCAGAGGAGACACCGGAGGAAAACUGGACUGACAAGUUGUUUUCAGAGCUGCAGGAUGACUUGGAAGAGAGAUAUGAAUAUGAUUUUUACCAUGAUUCUCACCAACCACGUGAGUCUUAUGAGGAGUGGAGCAGUCGGAUGGCUAAGGAGAAAUUUAGUAAAGAACAGCAUUACCAUGGGGCGGACAGGAAACGAAAAACCAAAGAUGAAGAGGAGAAGGAAAAGGAGAAGCAAAAGAAAUUUCAAAGAAAACUAGAACAAGAACAUGAGGAAUACCUGAAACUAGGUCAGAGAAAAGAAGAAGAGGUGAUACAAGAAAAGAGACAGAAAUAUGAAGAACAGUGCCUGGAAUUCUUCUCUGGAAACUCCAGCAGUCAGAUAAGAUAUCGGGACAUUCCUUGGCCUGAUAAGACAGAUGUGUGGAGAGGGGCGGAGAUAGUGACUGGGGGAGAGAACAGGGGGGAUCCCACCAUCUUCAAGAAGUACCUCAGGGAGCAGAGAGUCAGGUGGCACCCAGACAAAUUUCUACAGAAAUGUGGACACCGGUUAAAGCAGGAUGAGAGGGAGAAAAUCCUGGAGAAAAUUAAAGAAAUUUCCCAGACAUUAAAUAAAUUGUGUGAGGACAUUGAAGCCAAGACAAGCUGAUACCUCAGAUAUGUGUAUAAUGUCUUUUAUGAAUUGAAAUACCUUAAUAAAAUUUUGUCACAUUGAGUCAGAUACAAUUACAAUGUUAUUUCCAUUAUAGAUAUACCAAAAAAACAAUUGCAAGUAGAGACAAGGUAGCUCUGAAAGUUUCAGCACUUCUUCAGGGGUGAGCAAGUUUUACACUACAUACACAGUAUGUAGACAAACUGCCAACAGGAUUUUUUUAAACAAUAAUAAAUGACCUGAACAUGUA